UGCAACCCCUGAGGCCGAUGCUCUCGAUGUGUAUUCGUUUGGCUGUCUGUCUAGAUUGCGUCGGUGUUCGUCGGGCUCCUCGAAGUGUCUGGAUGACGGUACACACGAAUUGGAUGCGAGGCCAUCUGGAACGGGGCGAGAUGAAGCUUGAAGUACUUACACGCAUACGUACUCGCCAUCUCCCGACUCGUUCAGAGCCCCAUCAUCAUUUGACUUUCCUCCACGCAAACCAUAGGAGUGUGGCUGACAUUAGCUGGUAUUCUCUAGCUGGUAUUCUUUCCCCAACCGACCCCAUCGUUCUAACGGAGCCUUUUACUACGAGUGCGGGGGAUAAGCCCUCCGUGGGGGAUUGGCCAUCAAGGGGAGCGCAGUCGUCGGCGGGGAAAGGACUUCAUGACGUCGCACCCCGGACUUUCGUUUCUUCUCCCGCUCGACCCGUCCGUCCGUCCCACCUCCUGUCCGUCCACGGAACAUGGCUUACCCAAAGGCCGUACCAAGAAACAGACGCGCUCGAUACCGACGCCCGACUCCUAGUCGAGCCAUGUCUUCGCCGCCCUUGAAUCAUUGCACCGUUUACAGUCAUCAUCGGUUCGUUUAUAUAUAAGGGGGGAGGGCGUACGACAUGGGCCCCCAAGGUUGCUUUUGCCUGCCCCCUCGUGAUCACUCGUCCCAGGCGCACCUUUGACUUUGACCAUCAUGAAGUCCGCCGCAUUCUUCAGUCUUCUGCUCGCGAUAUUCUCUUCCACUGCUGCUGUUCAUGCUCUUCAACGACGCGAUGACCUAGACAGUAUCAACUACGAGAAAUGGCCUGCCAAAACUUCCGAUGGUGGCAAGGCCUGGUCGAGCGCGUGGUCCAAAGCCAGCAGCAUCGUCGCCGAAAUGACAGUCGACGAGAAAGCUCAGUUCAUCACCGGCGACAACGGACGAUGUGUCGGCUACCUCAACGGGAUCGACCGUUUGAACAUCUCUGGGAUAUGCUUGGAGGAUGGACCGGUCGGUAUCCGGCCUGUGCAUGGCGCGUCGCAGUUCCCUGCUGGGUUGACUACCGCGGCUACUUGGGACCGCGAUUUGAUGUAUCAGAGGAGUUAUGCGAUGGGAAAAGAGUUUUUGGAUGAAGGCGUCAAUAUUGCGCUUGCGCCUGUGACUGGUGGACCACUUGGUCGUUCGCCCUUGGCGGGUCGUAACUGGGAGGGAUGGUUCGUCGACCCGUACGCUACCGGCGAGGCCAGCUAUCAAAGCAUCAAGGGUCUGCAAGACUCAGGCGUCGCCGCUACCUCUAAGCACUUCAUCGGCUACGAGCAAGAUACCUACAGAAAUCAAUAUAAUCAGACCGAAGCGUACAGCGUCUUCCCCGCGGGCGAACAACGCUCGAUCUCCUCGAACUUCGACGACAAGACUACACAUGAAGUAUACCUCUGGAGUUUCGCCGAGGCCGUCCGUGCCGGUGCUGCCUACGUGAUGUGCUCGUAUAACGAAGUCAACCAGACGCAAGCGUGCAAUAAUGCGUAUACGCUUAAUCAUCUGUUGAAGACGGAGUUGAACUUCCAGGGAGGUAUCAUGAGCGAUUGGGGAGGACAACAUGAUGAUCUUAAUUCUAUGAACGGAGGCAUGGACAUCAGCAUGCCAGGCUCAGGCUGGGACGGCCUCUGGGGCACCUUCUGGGGCGACUCGCUCACCACCCUCGUGAACAACGGGUCCGUGACGGAGGACAGGCUGGACGAUGCGGUCAUCAGGCUGUUGACGCCGCUUGUGUCGUUGGGACAGGACACGAACCCACCUCCGGAGGUUUUGUUUAACGCCAUGGGCCAGCAAUAUUUCCCCUCGACCGUCGGGUACAGGAAUGUCCGCCAGGCUUCGACGGCAGAGUUGAUUCGCCAGAUCGGAACGGAUGGGAUUACACUGUUGAAGAACACGGGCGGAUUACCGGUGAAAAAUCCGCAGAGGAUCGCGGUUCUCGGUACCGAUGCUGGUGACAAUGAGCUGGGUCCUUCGGGAUGUGGAUCUGAUCUCAACAGUUGCAGUUUUACUAACAAUAACGGAACGCUCAGCAUGGCCGGUGGUAGUGGAUACGCAUACGCCCCUUGGAUUGUUUCGCCUCUUGAAGCUAUUCAAGCUCGUGUCAGGAAAGAAGGUGCCGAGAUCGGCUGGGUCCUCAACGACACAGACUACGACUCCGUGACCGCCCUCGUCUCCACCUCCGACGUCACCUUCGUCUUCGUGAACGACUAUUCCACCGAAGGCCGCGACCGCGCCGACAUCUCGCUCGACCACUCCGGCGACGCGCUCAUCGCUUCCGCUGUCAACUCUUCGUCGAACGUCGUAGUGGUGAUGCAUAUACCAGCCGUCGUGGAUGUGGAGAAGUGGAUCGAUAAUGAGAAUGUGACGGCGGUGGUGGCGGCGUGGUUGCCCGGCGAGGAGAGCGGGGCGGCGUUGGUUCCUGUGUUGUGGGGCGAUGUGGCGCCGAGUGGGAAGUUGCCGUUUACGUGGGGGAAGAAUCUGAGUGAUUAUCCUCCGAACGGGAUCAUUUCAGACCCUGUCGUUGCGCCACAGGCGAACUUCACCGAGGGCGUUUUCAUCGAUUAUCGUUGGUUCGACGCUAAGAACAUUACUCCUCGUUACGAAUUCGGCUUCGGACUGUCCUACACCACCUUCUCCUACUCCAACAUCAGCCUCGACUCGACCUUCAAAGCGGACUACACCGCCAUCCAGGAGACCGCGGAGCCGUUCGAGGAGUACGAUGGGACGAACAGUCUUUAUGAUGUGCUUGCGACGGUUUCGGCGACGGUUUCGAAUAGCGGGAAUGUGACGGGGAGUGAGGUCGCGCAGUUGUACGUCUCCAUCCCGGAAUCCGACCAGCCCCCGAAGGUCCUCCGCGGCUUCACCAAGAUCAAGGAUUUAACGCCUGGAUCGACGGGUCUCGCGACGUUCGAGCUGCGUCGUAAGGAUUUGAGCGUGUGGUCCGUCGAGAAGCAGACGUGGUAUAUCCCUGAUGGGGAGUUCACGAUCUCUGUUGGUGCGAGUUCGCGUGAUCUGCCUUUGACUACGACUUGGUCGAGCUCAUAGGACUAAGUAAUUGAACUCCUGGACUGAACUUUCCGUUGCUUUUCGUGCUUUCUUUGGCUUCUCUUCGUCCAGACAAUGUACCAUCAUUCCCCAUUCAAUACUUACUCAUGAUUCGCUUUUCACCUCACCAUUCACCAUCCACCACUUCAUGACUUACACAAUAUACGAACCCACGACUUUGACGACGUGAAAACAGUAUACAUAGCGUAGGCUCUCCAUGCGUACACUGCCGUGUGAUGGGCUCUACUCUGAACCAUACCUCUAUCGAUUAUAC